AUGAUUUCAAAAUUAUUAAUACCUAUUAGAUUUCAAUCAACAAGGUUAAAACCAAGUAGCCUAAUAAAUGAUUUCACUCUGACAAAGCUAAUACAUGGUAAUACUAAUCUACAUAUGGGUAUAACUAAACGAGCAAGUGAUAAAUUAAAUUUAAUAACAAAAGAUGAACCAAACCCCAUGGAAUCAGCAUUAAAAAUUCAAGUAGAAAGUGGAGGAUGUCACGGUUUUCAAUAUAAUUUAGGAAUAACAAAUACAAUAAAAGAAUUAUCUAAAAAUAAAGAGUUAUUAAUAUUUGAACGAGAUAAUGGUAGAAUUAUUCUUGAUGAAUCAAGUUUAACAAUUUUACAAGAUUCAAAAUUAGAUUAUACGAAAGAAUUGAUUGGAAGUCAAUUUAAAAUAAUAGAUAGUCCUUAUACAUCAACUGCAUGUGGUUGUGGUGCCAGUUUUGAUUUUGAUUUUGAAAAACUAGAAAAGAAAAAUGCUACAGCUUAA